CUGAUAUCAAAGUUGAUACUUUUUUCUUUACAUGGAAAGAUGCAGAAAUUAAACUUAAUCAAUAUGCAAAAAUUUGUAGGCUUUUUUUAAGAAGAAAAUGCGUUGAAGUUGAUAAAGAUGAUGGAGUUAUGUAA